GUUAGUGGCGGGGCUGGAGGUAGACAGGCUCUGUGUUUCCUAGGUGCUGUUCGUUGCUGUGUGGCCGGUAGCCAUGUGAUGAGAUUGUCCCGGUGCUUCACAUGUUUCUGGCUCCAUGUUCAAUCUAUUUGCUGAACACAGUGAAAGUAUCCAGUAUGUCUUUCCACUGUACCCUAGAGUUGGCAUCUUGUUUACCAGAGGGGAGAGCUUCCAAGCCGCUCCUCCCAGAAGGGCUCCAGGCAGCUGCCAGGAGCAGAAGCUCGAACUCUGCUGAGAGACUUCCUCUGUGGAGAGCUUCAAGAAGUAUCGCUGGGAUUGCUGUCUGGAGCCACCUUACCAAGAAGUCAGGUUCCCCAGGCAGCUUCAGCUUCGUGUGUUGUAAACAAAAUUUAUUCCCUCGCAGUGCCCUCCUUUUCUUGCACUCUCUGUCUCAGUGAGUGGCCACACUCUCUUCUCAUCUGCCCAAGCCAGGAAUCUCGGGUGAACAUGGAUGACAGAUGCUACCCAGUAAUCUUUCCAGACGAGCGGAAUUUCCGCCCCUUCACUUCUGACUCUCUGGCUGCAAUUGAGAAGCGGAUUGCCAUCCAAAAAGAGAAAAAGAAGUCUAAAGACCAGACAGGAGAAGUACCCCAGCCUCAGCCUCAGCUUGACCUAAAGGCCUCCAGGAAGUUGCCCAAGCUCUAUGGCGACAUUCCUCGUGAGCUCAUAGGAAAGCCUCUGGAAGACUUGGACCCAUUCUACCGAAAUCAUAAGACAUUUAUGGUGUUAAACAAAAAGAGGACAAUCUACCGCUUCAGUGCCAAGCGUGCCUUGUUCAUUUUUGGGCCUUUCAAUUCAAUCAGAAGUUUAGCCAUUAGAGUCUCAGUCCAUUCAUUAUUCAGCAUGUUCAUUAUUGGCACUGUUAUCAUCAACUGCGUGUUCAUGGCUACAGGGCCUGCUAAAAACAGCAACAGCAACAAUACUGACAUUGCAGAGUGUGUCUUCACUGGGAUUUAUAUUUUUGAAGCUUUGAUUAAAAUAUUGGCAAGAGGUUUCAUUCUGGAUGAGUUUUCUUUCCUUCGAGAUCCAUGGAACUGGCUGGACUCCAUUGUCAUUGGAAUAGCGAUUGUGUCAUAUAUUCCAGGAAUCACCAUCCAAGUGUCAUCCCUGCGUACCUUCCGUGUGUUCAGAGCUUUGAAAGCAAUUUCAGUAGUUUCACGUCUGAAGGUCAUCGUGGGGGCCUUGCUGCGCUCUGUGAAGAAGCUGGUCAACGUGAUUAUCCUCACCUUCUUUUGCCUCAGCAUCUUUGCCCUGGUAGGUCAGCAGCUCUUCAUGGGAAGUCUGGACCUGAAAUGCAUCUCGAGGGACUGUAAAAUUAUCAGUAACCUGGAAGCUUAUGACCAUUGCCUUGAAAAGAAAGAAAAUUCGACUGAAUUCAAAAUGUGUGGCACCUGGAUGGGUAACAGCGCCUGUUCCAUACAAUAUGAAUGUAGGCAUACCAAAAUGAAUCCUGACUAUAAUUAUACGAAUUUUGACAACUUUGGCUGGUCUUUUCUUGCCAUGUUCCGGCUGAUGACCCAAGAUUCCUGGGAGAAGCUUUAUCAACAGACCCUGCGUACUACUGGGCUCUACUCAGUCUUCUUCUUCAUUGUGGUCAUUUUCCUGGGCUCCUUCUACCUGAUUAACUUAACUCUGGCUGUUGUUACCAUGGCGUAUGAGGAGCAGAACAAGAAUGUAGCUGCAGAGAUAGAGGCCAAGGAAAAGAUGUUUCAGGAAGCCCAGCAGCUGUUAAAGGAGGAAAAGGAGGCUCUGGUUGCCAUGGGAAUUGACAGAAGUUCACUUACUUCCCUUGAAACAUCAUAUUUUACCCCAAAAAAGAGAAAGCUCUUUGGUAAUAAGAAAAGGAAGUCCUUCUUUUUGAGAGAGUCUGGGAAAGACCAGCCUCCAGGGUCAGAUUCUGAUGAAGAUUCCCAAAAAAAGCCACAGCUCCUAGAACAAACCAAACGACUGUCCCAGAAUCUAUCACUGGACCACUUUGAUGAGCAUGGAGAUCCUCUCCAAAGGCAGAGAGCACUGAGUGCUGUCAGCAUCCUCACCAUCACCAUGAAGGAACAAGAAAAAUCACAAGAGCCUUGUCUCCCUUGUGGAGAAAACCUGGCAUCCAAGUACCUCGUGUGGAACUGCUGCCCCCAGUGGCUGUGCAUUAAGAAGGUCCUGAGAACGGUGAUGACUGACCCGUUUACUGAGCUGGCCAUCACCAUCUGCAUCAUCAUCAACACUGUCUUCUUGGCCAUGGAGCAUCACAAGAUGGAGGAAAGUUUUGAGAAGAUGUUGAAUAUAGGGAAUUCGGUUUUCACUGGCAUUUUUAUGGCAGAAAUGUGCCUAAAAAUCAUUGCGCUCGAUCCCUACCACUACUUUCGCCGAGGCUGGAACAUUUUUGACAGCAUUGUUGCUCUUCUGAGUUUUGCAGAUGUAAUAAGCAGUAAAUUUGAAAAGGGAAGCUGGCCAUUCUUGCGUUCCUUCAGAGUGCUCAGGGUCUUCAAGUUAGCCAAAUCCUGGCCAACUUUGAACACACUAAUUAAGAUAAUCGGCAACUCUGUCGGAGCCCUUGGAAGCCUGACUGUGGUCCUGGUCAUUGUGAUCUUUAUUUUCUCAGUAGUUGGCAUGCAGCUUUUUGGUCACAGCUUCAAUUCCCGAAAGAGUAAAAAACUCUGUGGCCUGACAGGCCCGACAGUCUCAUGUUUACGGCACUGGCACAUGGGGGAUUUCUGGCACUCCUUCCUAGUGGUAUUCCGCAUCCUCUGCGGGGAAUGGAUCGAAAAUAUGUGGGAAUGUAUGCAAGAAGCGAAUGGAUCAUCAUCAUCAUUGUGUGUUAUUGUCUUCAUAUUGAUCACGGUGAUAGGAAAACUUGUGGUGCUCAACCUCUUCAUUGCCUUACUGCUCAAUUCCUUUAGCAAUGAGGAAAGAAAUGGAAACUUAGAAGGAGAGGCCAGGAAAACUAAAGUCCAGUUAGCACUGGAUCGAUUCCGCCGGGGUUUUUGUUUUGUGAGACACAUUCUUGAGCAUUUCUGUCACAAGUGGUGCAGGAAGCAAAACUUACCACAGCAAAAAGAGGUGACAGGAGGCUGUGCUGCACAAAGCAAAGACAUCAUUCACCUGGUCAUGGAGAUGAAAAGGAGCUCAGAGACCCAGGAGGAGCUUGGUAUACUAACCUCAGUACCAAAGACCCUGGGCGUCAGGCAUGAUUGGACUUGGUUGGCACCACUUGCGGAGGAGGAAGAUGAUGUUGAAUUUUCUGGUGAAGAUAAUGCACAGCGCAUCACACAACCUGAGGCUGAACAACAGGCCUAUGAGCUCCAUCAGGAGAACAAGAAGCCCACCAGCCAGAGAGUUCAAAGUGUGGAAAUUGACAUGUUCUCUGAAGAUGAGCCUCAUCUGACCAUACAGGAUCCCCGAAAGAAGUCUGAUGUUACCAGUAUACUAUCAGAAUGUAGCACCAUUGAUCUUCAGGAUGGCUUUGGAUGGUUACCUGAGAUGGUUCCCAAAAAGGAACCAGAGAGAUGUUUGCCCAAAGGCUUUGGUUGCUGCUUUCCAUGCUGUAGCUUGGACAAGAGAAAGCCUCCCUGGGUCAUUUGGUGGAACCUGCGGAAAACCUGCUACCAAAUAGUGAAACACAGCUGGUUUGAGAGCUUUAUUAUCUUUGUGAUUCUGCUGAGCAGUGGGGCACUGAUAUUUGAAGAUGUUCACCUCGAGAAACAACCCAAAAUCCAAGAAUUAAUAAAUUGUACUGACAUUAUUUUUACAUAUAUCUUUAUCGGGGAGAUGGUACUAAAAUGGGUAGCCUUCGGAUUUGGAAAGUAUUUCACCAGUGCCUGGUGCUGCCUUGAUUUCAUCAUUGUGAUUAUCUCAGUGACCACCCUCAUUAACUUAAAGGAAUUGAAGUCCUUCCGGACUCUACGAGCACUGAGGCCUCUUCGCGCGCUGUCCCAGUUCGAAGGAAUGAAGGUGGUGGUCAAUGCUCUCAUAGGUGCCAUACCUGCCAUUCUGAAUGUUUUGCUUGUCUGCCUCAUUUUCUGGCUCAUAUUUUGUAUUCUGGGAGUACACUUCUUUUCUGGAAAAUUUGGGAAAUGCAUUAAUGGAACAGACUCAGUUAUAAAUUAUACCAUCAUUACAAAUAAAAGUCAAUGUGAAAGUGGCAAUUUCUCUUGGAUCAACCAGAAAGUCAACUUUGACAAUGUGGGAAAUGCUUACCUCGCUCUGCUGCAAGUGGCAACAUUUAAGGGCUGGAUGGAUAUUAUAUACGCAGCUGUUGAUUCCAGAGAGAAAGAACAACAGCCAGAGUUUGAGAGCAAUUCAUUCGGUUACAUUUACUUCGUAGUCUUUAUCAUCUUCGGCUCAUUCUUCACUCUGAAUCUCUUCAUUGGUGUUAUUAUUGACAACUUCAACCAACAGCAGAAAAAGUUAGGUGGCCAAGACAUUUUUAUGACAGAAGAACAGAAGAAAUACUAUAAUGCAAUGAAAAAAUUAGGAUCCAAAAAACCUCAAAAACCCAUUCCACGGCCUCUGAACAAAUGUCAAGGUCUCGUGUUCGAUGUAGUCACAAGCCAGAUCUUUGACAUCGUCAUCAUAAGUCUCAUUAUCCUAAACAUGAUUAGCAUGAUGGCUGAAUCAAAUAACCAACCCGAAGCCAUGAAAUCCAUCCUUGACCAUCUCAACUUGGUCUUUGUGGUCAUCUUUACAUUAGAAUGUCUCAUCAAAAUCUUUGCUUUGAGGCAAUACUACUUCACCAAUGGCUGGAAUUUAUUUGACUGUGUGGUCGUGCUUCUUUCCAUUGUUAGUACAAUGAUUUCUACCUUGGAAAAACAGGAGUACAUUCCUUUCCCUCCGACGCUCUUCAGAAUUGUCCGCUUGGCUCGGAUUGGCCGAAUCCUGAGGCUUGUCCGGGCUGCACGAGGAAUCAGGACUCUCCUCUUUGCUCUGAUGAUGUCACUUCCUUCUCUGUUCAACAUUGGUCUUCUACUCUUUCUGAUUAUGUUUAUCUAUGCCAUUUUGGGUAUGAACUGGUUUUCCAAAGUGAAUCCAGAGUCUGGAAUUGAUGAUAUAUUCAACUUCAAGACUUUUGCCAGCAGCAUGCUCUGUCUCUUCCAGAUAAGCACAUCAGCAGGUUGGGAUUCCCUGCUCAGCCCCAUGCUGCGAUCAAAAGAAUCAUGUAACUCUUCCUCAGAAAACUGCCACCUCCCUGGCAUAGCCACAUCCUACUUUGUCAGUUACAUUAUCAUCUCCUUUCUCAUUGUUGUCAACAUGUACAUUGCUGUGAUUUUAGAGAACUUCAACACAGCCACUGAAGAAAGUGAGGACCCUUUGGGUGAAGAUGACUUUGACAUAUUUUAUGAAGUGUGGGAAAAGUUUGACCCAGAAGCAACACAAUUUAUCAAAUAUGCUGCCCUUUCUGACUUUGCUGAUGCCUUGCCUGAGCCUUUGCGUGUCGCAAAGCCAAAUAAAUAUCAAUUUCUAGUAAUGGACUUGCCCAUGGUGAGUGGAGAUCGCCUCCACUGCAUGGAUAUUCUUUUCGCCUUCACCGCUAGGGUACUCGGUGGCUCUGAUGGCCUGGAUAGCAUGAAAACAAUGAUGGAAGAGAAGUUCAUGGAAGCCAAUCCUCUCAAGAAGUUGUAUGAACCCAUUGUCACCACCACCAAGAGAAAGGAAGAGGAAAGAGGUGCUGCUAUUAUUCAAAAGGCCUUUCGAAAAUACAUGAUGAAGGUGACCAAGGGUGACCAAGGUGACCAAAACGACUUGGAAAACAGACCUCAUUCACCACUCCAGACUCUUUGCAAUGGAGACUUGUCUAGCUUUGGGGUGGCCAAGGGCAAGGUCCACUGUGACUGAGCCCUCACCUCCGCGCCUACCUCACAGCUUCACAGCCUUGCCUCCAGCCUCUGAGCUCCAGGGGUCAGCAGCUUAGUGUAUGAACAGGGAGUGGAUUCACCAAAUUAGCCAUUCCAUUUUCUUUUCUGGCUAAAAUAAGUGAUAUUUCAAUUUCAUUUUAAAUGAUACUUACAAAGAUAUAAGAUAAGGCUGCUUGACAACCACUGGUACUAUUUUAAUAAGGAAGAAGACACUAGGAAGGACUGUAAAAGGACAUACCAAUGUUAGGAUUGAAAUAGUUCAGGCCAGGCGCAGUGGCUCAUGCCUGUAAUCCCAGCACCUUGAGAGGCCAAGGCGGGUGGAUCACGAGGUCAAGAGAUUGAGACCAUCCUGGCCAACAUGAUAAAACUCUAUCUCUACUAAAAAUACAAAAAUUAGCUGGGCAUGGUGGCAUGUGCCUAUAGUCCCAGCUACUCGGGAGGCUGAGGCAGGAGAAUCGCUUAAACCUGGGAGAUGGAGGUUGCAGUGAGCCAAGAUCGUGCCACUGCACUCCAGCCUGGUGACAGAGUGAGACUCUGUCUCAAAAGAAAAGAAAAGAAAAGAAACAUGGUUCAAAUUAUAUCUAAACAAAAAAGAAUAAGAAACAAAAAACACAUUAAAAUUUUAAGUUGUAUUUUCUGUUUCUAGGUACAUCAUUUUUGUUUGAUAUUUUCCUGAUGCAAGUAUGUGGUUUAUCACAUGUAGCUCUUUGCAUGCUAAAUGAAAAUUCAAAACUUGCCAAUAAAUGAAUAGCUUAUUGCAGACAUUUUUUACCAACAUUAAUUAUUUUGGGUUUGUUUAAAACCUAGAGGCACAAUCUUGAUUUGUCAAUUACUACCCUUUCACAAGCUACCAUCUCAGAUAUAUAUAUAAAUUCAAUAAAGCUUUCUGUUUGUGUUUCUUUCA